UAGCAGAAAGUCGCGCGAAAAUUGGGUUUGGGGAAGUACUCAUCAGUUCUCUUCCUUUUACUCAUUUUUUGAAGCAACCCAUCAAAUCCCUAACCUUCAACGUUCCUUCUCCCCACAGUCUCCAAUUUCUCAAUGCUCCAACACUGAAAAGGUAGCUCCUUUUUCAGUUUUCAAUACUGGUCGCCCUUCGACGAGUCAUUCAACGGCUGCCGCGACGGCUCGUCAUUCCCUCCGCCGCCCUCGGAUUGCUGGCGCUCGCCGGUCGACGAUUAAGGAGAAGUAGAGACCAGGUAUGAACAGUAACCAUUUUGCUUCUCCAUUUUCUUGUUAUCUGUUCGUUUCGUUAGAUCAAUUGACUGUCAUUGUGAAACCUGAUUGUUUUAACUGUUUUCCUUUUCGAGCUGUAUAUUGGUGAUCUGGGAAUUAGUUUGUUAAGCUUGGUCUGCUGAAGAGUGAGCAAUUGGAGGCAGAAGCUUUUUGGUUUUUUAGCCUACAUUUGGUGAUUAGGUAGAUAUCUUCAGAUUUCUUGCCCUCAAAUUUGAUCUGGUUCUGUUUGAAAAUAGGAAGCUUUGUGCUUUUUGUGCAAUUUGGUGGAUUGUAUGCUAGGGGAGGCUAUGUUUCUCAUCCUUGGCAGGUUGCUUGCAGGAUAGGUCUAGUUACUGUUUCUUGCUAGUGGAGAAACUGAGAUGGAAGCAAGGUGGAAAAAGUGGUGUCCUUGGGGGAUAUUAUUACUUCAUGGCUUAGCUAUACUCAUUUUCACCAAAGGGUUCUUGCUAACUCGAACCGAGCUUCCCUACUACAGCAACUGCUCUGAUAUCUCCGUAUCUCCUUGCUUAUCUUCUCCUGAUGCCAAUGUUGAUAAUCAUAGUAGUGGUCAUUCGGAAAAUGCGAAACAGGACCAGCAUUGUUGGAGCAAACCUGCUGUGGACCGAUUGGUCAUCAUUAUUCUGGAUGCCCUCAGAUUUGAUUUUGUUGCUCCGAGUGCUUUUUUCCCAGAGAAAAAACCAUGGAUGGACAAACUACCGGUGUUACAGAAUCUGGCCUUCACACAGGGAUCAUCUGCCAAGAUAUUCAAGGCUAUUGCAGAUCCUCCAACUACUAGUCUCCAGCGCUUGAAGGGCUUGACCACUGGUGGACUGCCUACUUUUGUUGAUGUAGGAAAUAGCUUCGGUGCUCCAGCCAUUGUUGAAGACAACCUAAUACAUCAGUUGGUAUCAAAUGGAAAGCGUGUGGUGAUGAUGGGCGAUGACACAUGGGUUCAAUUGUUUCCAGACCAUUUUAACAAAUCUUAUCCUUAUCCAUCUUUUAAUGUCAAAGAUCUUGAUACGGUCGACAAUGGAUGCAACACACAUAUAUUCGAAACCUUAUAUCAAGAAGACUGGGAUGUACUUGUUGCACAUUUUCUUGGUGUGGACCAUGCUGGUCACAUAUUUGGUGUUGAUUCCGUGCAAAUGAUAGGAAAAUUGGAGCAAUAUAAUCAGAUUUUGGAGAAAGUAAUUGAAACGCUGGUCAGAAAAUCUGAACCUGGUGGCUUACAUGAAAAUACUAUUCUGCUUGUUAUGGGUGACCAUGGACAAACACUAAAUGGCGAUCAUGGAGGAGGGAGUGCUGAAGAGGUUGAGACAACAUUGUUUGCAAUGGGUUUUAAGCAGCCUCCUUCUGUGGUCCCUCAUGAAUUUGAUUCCUCAUCUUGCCUAUUAGAUUCGGAUGGGAAGAAGUGUGUAAGCUCUAUUCAGCAGCUCGACUUUGCAGCGACUGUCUCGGCAUUGCUCGGUAUUCCCUUUCCUUUUGGAAGCAUUGGGUCUGUGAACGCUGAGCUAUAUGCUUUAGCUGCUGGCACAUGGAACUGGAGGGAUCUUGACACUUCCAAUCAGAAACAUCAGUCAGAGAUGGAAAAAUGGAUGAAGAACUAUGUGAAUACACUUUGCGUGAAUUCUUGGCAGGUCAAAAGAUAUAUUGAUGUUUAUUCAGCUUCAUCAAUCAUUGGAUUCUCAUCUGAAGACUUGGCUCACAUAUCUAACAAAUAUGCGGAGUUGGAGGAGAACUGGUCCCAUUCUAUAAGAAACUUACUCACAUGCCAAACUGAGAGCUGUAGCUUAGUAAUGGCUCAGAUUACCAAGCAAGUUAAUCUUUAUCUUGAUUUCCUAUCACAUGUCUCAGAGCUAGCUCGUUCCAAGUGGACUGAAUUUAAUUUGAAGAUGAUGGGCAUUGGUCUUGGGACAAUGAUAUUGUCGCUGUUGAUAAUAAGUCUUGCUAUAUGGAGUAUGCCUACAGUCUCUGGAAUAGGCUUUGAGUCAAUAUUUGCCUUUCUUGUGGUGGUAAUACGUGCAUGCAGCUUCCUUUCAAACAGUUUUAUAUUGGAAGAAGGGAAAGUUGCUUGUUUUUUGCUGGCCACAACUGGCAUUGUCAAAUUACGUUAUUCUAUAAUGAGAAAAGGGAUGCUAGUUGAAGCGAUUUUAUUCCUUCUAUUGGUCUUAGGUCUCAGAUUUACAAUUGAAAUUGGGAUGUCAAAACAGGCUGCCACUUCAGCAUUCAUGCAUGCUUCAUCUUCUUGGAUAACUGGGAUUGCUCUUGGCGAUUCCUUGUGGGGUUAUGCUGCUGAAGUUGGGCCUCUCCUAGUAUUAGUUGUGCUGUCUUGCAUAGCUUACAAAGUGAUUACUGGGAACUUCCAAGGCAUUCAGAAGUACAUUAUCAUGUUAACAAUUCCAAGCUAUAUUCUCAUAGGGCUGCACUGGGUGCUCGAGAGCGACACACAAAAUUUGCCUCUUCUGUUCGAAGGAAUUGGGAGGAACUACAUCCCUCAAGCAAUAUAUGCCCUUGGCUGUUCCCAACUUCUGUUUCUGGCAUUUGGCAUGCUUUUCAAUGAAGACAAAGUUGCAGAUCAUAAAAAUAGCCUGAUGAUUAAGACAUUAUCCAUUUUGUCUGCAUGGAGUCCAAUGAUUAUUUUGUUGUCUGGGAAACAAGGUUCAUGGAUUGCGUUGGCAUCAAUAGUUGGAGGGUACUGUAUAACAAGGUUGCAGAAUACAGGAAAAGAUGCAAUUGGUGGGAAAGCUAGAACCUCAAGCUUCAAUCUUCUCGCUGUGACACAAUGGAACCUUUUAGCAGUAUGUCUGUUUUUCGCCUCAGGGCACUGGUGUGCUUUUGAUGGCCUUCGCUAUGGUGCUGCAUUUAUUGGAUUUGACGAGUUUGUACUUGUCCGUCAAGCAAUCCUUCUAACUUUGGAUACAUUUGGAUUUUCCCUCAUUCUUCCCGUUAUCGGGCUCCCAUUUCUUCUUCUGGGUCUCAACCAAACUAACCCUGGGAAGAAUGUUCUUUUCAAUCAGUUGUCUCAGAUGUAUAUGGCUUAUGGACUCAUCACAGCGACCACAGUGACAGCCACUAUAUUAUGCGUUACUAUCCAGAGGAGGCAUCUCAUGGUCUGGGGGCUGUUUGCUCCAAAAUUCGUUUUCGACGUGGUUGGUCUUGUCCUGACAGAAGUCAUGAUUUGCCUGGCUUCCCUUUUCUAUUUCAGAAGAUGGGUUGUCUUAUGAAGAGCUCAGAAUUCUGCUCACGGACACAAGUAGUACUCCUGAGAAUCUUCGUCCUGUUUUUCGUGUGCUUCUUUACCUAGCAAGUUCAGGAUCAGGGAAAAGUGUCAUUUUCUUUAUGUGCUUUCGCACUAAUUACGUCCCUGCAUUCAAUUCCAUACGAUGAUUCUUUGAAACCGUUCGGGUGCCUGGAAAUGGCCAUAUCCUGGAAGAGGACUGCAAAUUUAGAUUGAUUCAAAGAGCCUCCUGUAACAUUUGCCUGUCUCAGGUUCAGAAGCAGCAUCUCUUGGACAGUUUCAUCCUCCGCCCUCCUCCUCCGCUAUCUCGAGGUGCAAAAAGCUACUGCCUUUCUGAAGUUAUGGUGGUGAUCGGUUUGAUUGUUUCGUAGAUCAGGACUCCCCAAGUUCUGUUGUGCUAGUCAUUCUUACAGUAGCAAUGAUACUGGUUUUUUUUUUGCCAUUUGGAAGUCUGGAAUCUCUCUUGGUCUCCUUUUGAUUAUAGUAUAACAUGUUUAGGGUUUAUCUUUGCACAUCUUUUCCACAUAAUGCAUUUCUAUAUGGAUCCAAAGGGAACUUUAAUAUUAUAUGAAGCUAUGAUAGAUAUAACUGAACCUGAAAACAAAACAUGAACUACCCU